AUUUGAUGUUAAUUCGUGCCGAAAGUGUUACCACUCAAGUUAUAGUUUCAACUGUGCGAAAAUUCUUCUAUUAAUUGCAAAAAAUGGAGGUUAACUGUAUUUCGCCGGAGACCUGCGUUCAGCGAGAGCUCAACGGGACUUCCUCUGCCGUGGAAAAUGGAAUAACCAAUCCUGUGGUUACUGCUACUACUCUGUCGACCAAUGAGACUACCAAGGAAGACAAUAAUCCUGAGCAUUUGCGCAAGAUUUUCGUGGGGGGUCUGUCCACCCAGACAAGUGCAGGGACUGUUCGUAGGUUCUUUGAGCAAUUCGGAGCUGUUGCUGAUGCGGUGGUGAUGCGAGAUCCAGUAACCAAUCACUCGCGGGGCUUUGGAUUUGUCACUUUUGUUGAUCCACAGGCAGUGGAGAAUGUUCAGAGGGCCAGGCCCCACUCCAUUGAUAAUAAAAAUGUUGAGACGAAACGUGCUCUGCCACGUCAUGAUUUCAUCAAGGGGGGAACUGGCUUGGGCCGAGCUCCCAGUGCCAGUUGUGCCAUAGGAAUGGCCAAUACCAAGACCAGCAAGAUCUUCCUUGGCGGCCUGAAGGACUGUCAUGAUGAGAAAUCCAUUUGCGAGUACUUCUCCCAGUUUGGUAAAAUCGCUCAUGUGAAAUUGCUGUUGGACAGGGAGACCGGACGCAUGCGAGGAUUCGGAUUCCUGGAGUUUGAGAAUCCAGAAUGCGCUGAGCGCGCUUUGGCCCAGUCAAAGCAUUCCAUCAAUCUGCACACUGUGGAGGUGAAGAAAUCCACCCAGAAACCGGAUGCCGCCAAUCGUGUCCGCUUCGCCGUGGGCGGUGCUGCCCGUGCUGGCUAUAUUCCACCGCAGCCGGCCACUCUCGAUUGCUUUGGCUACAACAAUAGCUACAAUCCGUACCUGGCGCAGACUGUCCUACCGCCAUCGGCCUAUAUCAAUGGGUGGGCCGCCUAUGUUGCGCCUGAGAUGUCUCAGUUCGAUCCGUAUGUCACUUCCCCUCAGCGCCAUCCAUCUACACUGCGCCCCUCGUCGCAGCCGGUUUCUUUGCAAGGCUUGGCCUCAUUCGGCCAAGACUCCUGGUUCGGUUAUCCAAAGUCGGGUAAAUUUCCUCCCCACUUGUGGACACCCGGCGAAUGCCAGCCAAGGGCUGGGUUCAAAAAUGCCCAGACCUCUACCGUUGAUAGUACUACCACAAACGCAGCUCCAGAUGCCAAAAUUGAGCUCGGUGCCGGGGGCGAUGGAAAAGAAGGAUCGGCCGGAGGAGAUGUGGCAGCACCAACUGUAGCAGAAAUAUCGAUGGGAACUGAGGGCACCGAGAAGAAGUGGCCCACCGAGAACUAUAAGAUCUUUAAGCCAGCUCAAUGCCCAGGCCAGCUUAUGAAUCCAAAAACUGAGAAUGGGGGUUCCCCGCCGGCCUAUGGCAUCUAAGAUGGAUGGACUGACAAUCCCUCGUAGAAAUAUAUCCUUAUCAUACCAUAUACUUUAUGUGAGACUUUCCACAAUGAAGGAGGAAUAAACCAGAAAUGAUUACACACACUUGUACUUUUGAGACUUAAAA